AAUAUCUUUCUUUUUUAAAGAAGAAAACACCGGAAAAUGGGAUUGAGUUAAAAUCAGAAUUGAUCGACGUAUAGCGCUAUGAAUUGUUGAGAAAUGUGUGGAUGCUAAGUUAGCAUGCUUAUCAAAUGGUGGGAACUGAUUCUCUACUUAAAAUCUGAUUUAAUUUCACAAAAAAGAGUUUCCCUCAAAAGUGUCACACACUGAUAAUAAUAGAUCUUGACGAGAAAAAUCGAAAUUUGUCAAGAAAAUAUGGCCAAGCACUGUAAAUGUUGUAUAACAUUGGUGAAAUUUUAAUUUAAAUUGUAGCAGUGUCCACUUUUGAUUAUUGAACUUUGUAGAACAAAUUGUAAAAACUAUGUAACAAUCAACUUUUAAUAAAUUCUUAUCAACUGCAACAAUGAGAUACUAUUAAAUGUUUCACACUCAUAUUUUAAUCUUUGUGUUGGACAUUACUAUUAUUGUCAGAAUAUCAAAAAUAAUUUUGGUGCACCAUCAUGAUCACCGAGUUAAUCCGCAAAAUUCUCGACGCAAUUUUUGGCAAUCCGCAGCUAUACGAGCAGCAAGAUGCGUUCGAGCGGCUGAAAUUUUCCAAGGUGCAGUGCGAGCGGGAGUUACACGCCACCAAAAAAGCUCUGGAUGAGCUAUCCUUGCGACUGAACAACGUCCAGCAGGCUUAUGAGGACGCUGUAGCCGAAAAUGCCCGGCUCGAUGCCCAGACUGACGAUUUGGAGGAGCAAAUCACGGCGCUGACGAAGGACUGUCAUGCCCUGAAAACCCGAUUGAAGGAGGCUCUCGAGGAAAGCCGUGCCGAAAUCGAAAAGAUUAAGAAAAUUUCGAGCCAGGAUGCGGAAAAGAACGCUCUGGAAAUGGAAAAACUCAGAACAAGCUUAAAAGAAGUGCAGCAACAGGCCCAGGAAGAUUUUGUUGCGAAGCAGCGACUCGCUGACGAAUUAGAAAUCGUUAGGACCAGCCUUAGAGAUCUUCAGAACAAUUGCAGCGUCUUAGCUGAGGAAAACUCUGUCCUAAAAAGGGAGGUUGGUGGAAAGAACGACAAAAUUUGCAUUCUUAAGGAGCAGCUAAAGGAGAAAGACAAAUUAGUGGCAGAAAAUAACUCAAAGGUUUUUGCAGAGUGAGUAUAUUAAUAUUGCC